UGACCACUUACGUACGUAGCGCGCGCGAGUUAACUAGAAUUAGGAGACACGCUGUGAUGCCAUUACAUACAUAUAUAUACAUGCAUGAAAUCCACGUCCAUUUUCCACACUCAUUCAAAAUCCCUGCAAAUUAACGAAAGAUGUCACGCUUAAGCAUUCUGAUUCUCCUACUCAUAGUCCUAUCCUUCAGUUCCGCACUUUCAGAACUAUGCAACCCACGAGACAAACAAGUCCUUCUUAAAAUCAAGAAAGAGCUUGGCAACCCAACCACUCUUUCUUCAUGGCUCCCAACCACUGACUGUUGCAACAAUUGGGUAGGUGUCUCAUGUGACACCGUCACCCAAACAUACCGCGUCGACAACCUCGACCUCUCCGACCUUAACCUCCCCAAACCCUACUCUAUUCCUUUCUCCAUAGGUAACAUUCCCUACCUGGAGUUUCUUUCCAUCACCGGAACCCCCAACAUCAUUGGCACAAUACCCCCGACAAUCACCAAACUCACCAAGCUUCGUAAUCUCUAUAUCAAAUACACCAAUGUCUCUGGCCAGAUACCUCGUUUCUUGUCCCAAAUCAAAACCCUAGAAUUCCUCGACCUCUCCUACAACAAACUCUCUGGCAACCUCCCUGCCUGGCUCCCUUCUCUCCCCAACCUCGUAGGAAUCUCCUUCGACGGCAACCGCAUCUCCGGCGCCAUACCGGACUCCUUCGGCUACUUCCCGAAGUCGUUCGUGAUGUUGUCGCUCUCCCGCAACCGCCUCACCGGGAAGAUUCCGGCGACGUUGGCGAAGCUGGACGUGAAGUUUGUGUACUUGUCUAAGAACAUGCUGGAGGGUGACGCGUCAUUGUUGUUCGGGUCGGAGAAACACACGCGGCACAUGUAUCUGGGAAACAAUUCGUUUGCUUUUGAUUUGGGAAAACUAGGGUUGUCGAAGACCUUGGAGGGCUUGGAUCUUAGCCAUAAUCGUUUAUAUGGGACGCUACCUAAGGGACUUACGUCGCUUAAGGAUCUGUAUUAUUUGGAUGUGAGCUACAAUAAUCUAUGUGGAAAGAUUCCACGGGGUGGUAAAUUGCAAGAAUUUGAUGCAUCUACCUAUGCUCAUAACAAGUGCUUGUGUGGCUCUCCUCUUCCAAGCUGCAAACGGUUCUAGAGCUCAAUGGAGCAUAUAUAAGAACAUAGUUCACUUGUGCUUACGAGAAAAUUAAGGGUAUAAGAAUAAGAUAAAUUCUCUUAAUAAAUAAAGAGAAAUUCUUUAAUGUUCUUAAC